AUGGCUUCGUCCGGUCGGUCGUCGCGUUGGGACGAGCUUCCAGAUGAGAUCGUGCUCCAGAUUCUAAGCUAUCUGGAUCCCUUGCACAUCACCAGAUUGCAGCUUGUAUCGCGGAAGCUGCAGAAGCUUUGUCUCGAUGAUGAGCUGUGGAAGCGUCGCUGUUUCGAAGAAUCGCCGUGCGAAUCCGAAGACCAGCCCCGAGAUGGAACGGCAUUGGGGAACCUAGAGGCCUCCGGAAGCACCAGCGCUGAUGGUCCAAAGACUAUCGUAGAUGGAGAGAAGAGCAGCAUUGAACCGGGCAAGCCGCAACGAAGGAGUCAGCGAUGGCAGGAGCUCCAAGAUAUGGCAAACUGGGAUCCGACAUUCCCCAACGAACGAGUCUCCUGGUACAGCGAGUAUAUACAACGGAAUGGGCCGACUUGUGUCAACUGGCUGCAAACUCCUCGGAUCCGCGACCGAGGGUACGAGGCCAUGAUGGAGGCUCGUGGAUUGGAGCUCUAUUACCCAUACGACGGAAACGAUGGCGUAGGCGCAAUGCUUGCUGUAUCACCGCUCGACGACGGCUCCAUCUGUUUGUGGGACGUCAAAGGAACACGGGGCAAGGCCGGCUCUAUCCUUGCCACCAGCAAAUCCGACAUUCUUUUCAUCGAUGGUCCUGGAAGCAUAAACACUCGACGAUCCAAGAGAGUUGAUACAGGGGUCACGGAAUGCGUUAGCGUAGACAACCAUAGACAUCGUGCAUAUUUUGCUGUACAAAGCCAUUUGAUCGAAAUCGAUCUCGAACGACUGGAAGUCGUAAGCCGCGAAUCGUUCGAAUGGUCCAUCACGGCUCUUUCAAAAAUUCAAAAUGAUGUUCCUUUAACGGUGGGAACGUCUCUUGGAAUUCAUUUACAUGAUUUCCGUGCAAGAGCUAGGGUAACACACGCGGCCGUAGAGCAGGUGGACCAAAACGACAUCUUUAAAUCAAUAUUUGACCCGACACCGCUGCUUCCAUACGCGUCUCUUUCUCAACCCACGCCCGUCAGCAUAAUACAUCUGCCCCUACGCGGGUCACCGGACCUAGUAUCAAACGACAUUUACGUGGGUGGCAGAUUUUCAAACAUCCUGCACUAUGAUCGACGCAAGUUCCCUGUCAUUAUGGAUUCAAUCUACUCGGGGGCUACGAUCAACAGCAUGGCAGCAAUGCCUCACCCGUUCUCAUCGCUGGACAGCGAAGUACGACGGCACGGCGAGCUCAGCACAGAGCAGGUCACAAAAUCCAAGGCAAACGGCGAGGGCUGGACACUUGUUGCGGGGGGAACAUACAAAUCAAAGGGAUCCCUCGAGAUCUUUGGUCUCACCCAGGCCGUUGCAGAUCCAGUCGGUCGCGAGAUGAUGCAGAAUUCCACCAUGAAGAAUAGGCAAACUGCCGCGUCUGCCUCCAUCCUGUCAGUGGCCAACCACGGUACCAAGAUUGUCUUCUCAGAUGGAGCCGGCUCCAUCAAAUGGUUUGAGAGAGAUGGUCUGACAGAGUGCCGUCGACUGAGGAUUGGCCACUGCGAGGGCGACGAUGCCCCAUCGCUAUUCGCCUCAAUGAGUGCGGCUGGCGAGCUGGCGCGGAAAAUCGUGUCCACAAAGUCGAGAGAGGGUCCGGAUCGGCCCAAUGAUGAUAAUGUUUUGUUCUGGACAGGCGAGAGGCUGGGGCUCGUUAGCUUCACGCCGACGCCACUCUAUCAAUCCAAGGACUUUGAUGAGGAGCCGGACUUGGACACAGCGGCCGAAGAGGAGGAGAGACAGCGCUAUGCAGAGCAGAUGCGCGAGGCCCUGGAUCGGCAGGCAGAUGAGGUUAGAUUCAUGAAUACGUUUGGACAAGGAGGACUUAUGGAAUAA